UUUGUUCAGAUCACGCCAUUGCCAUUCGCCGUAGAGGAUGAAAAGUUUCGGAAACUUUCUGCCCUCAUUUUAAGCUGCUGUCGGUCUAAAGAACCGACGGCGACAGGAACUAAAUCUGAACUGGAUAUAUUAGCCUCUUGUUUGUGUACAUGUGAGAGGAUUUAUCUGGAUAACCCACACUUUCAUCGACAUCUAAAGGAAACGAGAUUGUACAUGCUAGUCAUAUUUUGAACACUUCUCAGAGACACCAGACAGCCAUGUCGGGGGGUAUCGGUAUAUAUGCGGUCAAGAAACGGAAGAAGCCCGUUCAGAAAAUCCCCAAACCACCACCACCUGAUGGUGUGAAAUCCAACCCCUCCAAGCGGCACAGAGACCGGUUGAACGGCGAAUUGGAUAAGCUGACCAGCCUUCUACCCUUCUCGGAAGAUGUCCGUGCACGGCUGGACAAACUGUCAGUGCUUCGACUCAGCGUUGGAUACCUGAAGGUCAAGAGCUUCUUCAAUGCAAAAAUCAAAAAGACAGGAGGAAAUGGAUGGCUAAUUGACCGGUCAGGGACAUUUGGAGGAAACGGACAGUCAACGACCAGUCUGGAUGGAGUCAGUUUCUCAGAAGGGGAACUGCUGUUGCAGGCCCUCAGUGGCUUUGUGCUGGUGGUCACCGCUGAAGGUUAUGUGUUUUAUGCAUCUCCAACUAUACAGGACUACUUGGGCUUCCAUCAGUCGGAUGUGGUCCAUCAGAGUGUAUUCGAGCUCAUCCAUACAGACGAUAGAGCAAUGUUUCGAAGGCAACUACACUUCGCUCUCAAUCCAACUUCGUGCGAUGGCGGCGAAGGAUCUGAUGCCAUUCAAAACAGCACUGACAUCACCAGAGACUUGGUAAACUACAACCCUCAACACAUCCCUCCAGAAAACUCGGCCUUCUUGGAACGAAGUUUCUGUUGCCGAUUCCGGUGCCUCCUUGACAACUCAUCAGGCUUCCUGGCCCUGAACUUCCAGGGGAGGCUGAAAUAUCUCCAUGGACAAAACAAGUUGGCAGAAGAUGGGACCUUGGCCCACCCUCAACUGGCUCUUUUUGUCAUAGCCACACCCCUCCAGCCACCCUCUAUCCUAGAGAUCAGGAGCAAGACUCUUCUUUUCCAAACCAAACACAAGCUGGACUUUACACCCCUGGGCAUUGACACAAGAGGAAAGGUGGUUCUUGGCUACUCUGAGAUUGAGCUGUGUAUGAGAGGCUCUGGCUAUCAGUUCAUUCAUGCUGCUGACAUGAUGUACUGUGCUGACAACCAUAUAAGAAUGAUAAAGACUGGAGAGAGUGGUUUAACAGUCUUCAGACUUCUCUCGAAAGAAGGAAUAUGGAUCUGGGUCCAGGCUAAUGCUAGGCUUGUUUAUAAAGGAGGAAGACCAGACUUCAUUAUUGCUCGACAAAGAGCACUAACGAAUGAAGAGGGUGAGGAGCACCUCCGUCAAAGAAAGCUGCAGCUACCCUUUAACUGCGCCACUGGUGAGGGCGUCUUGUAUGAGACUGAACCCACACUGGACAUCGCUGACAUUCCAAAUCAGAGCAAAGGCCAGAAGUUGCACAAACCUCCAUCUCUGGACCCAGAUUCUCUUCUCGGCUGCAUGCUGAAUCAAGAACCUUCUGUCUACGACCCAAACAAUGGGCCCAAUUCCCAGUUUACUCUUGACAAGGCUUUCAGGGAUAGCCACGCCCUGCUCAGUGUCCCUGGGAACACCUGGCAGCCGUCAACCCCAAGCACUGUGGCUGAGGUAAAAGAGGAAGGUGUGGUAAAGGACAUGAUGGAAACCUUGCAACAGAUUAUUGGGGACAGCAGUAUCUGUGGCCUUCAGGGAUUUGAUGUGGAUGACUCUGUCCUGAAGGAGUGGGAGAGUGCUCUAAGCAAGUUCCACUACAACAACGAUACGGAAUUAAAUGAAAUCAUCACCAAUGACAUCCUCUCUUUUGUUGAGGAUGCACUUUUUAAGGAAAAUGGCGUUCAGUUGCCUGAACACCUCAAGAGCCAGGGACCAUUUGUUGAGGCGCCUGAGUGUCUUCCAGAGAUGCAGUUACAGAAUAACUUAGCUGCUAACCAGGAAUUCAUCUGCCAGGCAGAUAUGCUUGAUGGAUCCCCAGGUCGGGGUGGUUUCAUCGGAAUGAACAUCCAAGAUGGAUUGGAUGCCAGUAGCCCUGGAAAUGGGAUGGUGAAGCUCAACCAUAUGGGGCAACAGAUGCUACUUGGUGAAACAUUUGUCCAGUCAUUUGGACUGGAACAGACAACCCAGAAGAUGCCCAGCAAUAAUAACAUUAUGUUUAAUCCUUCUCUUGCCAUGCAGAGUCAACAGCUGACCCAAGCUGGGCUUGGUCUGCAAGGUGCCAUGCAAGAGAACGGAUUGAUUCCAUGUGGCCAGACAACCUUUCAGAGCGGAAACCAGCCCCAUCAUAACGCAAUGACUCUCCCUCUUCAAAGUCCUCUAUUGCAGGGCACUUCUGCCCAGCCAAUGGGCUUCCACAGCCAGAAUCCCCUUCCUCAACAACAGUCAAUCAAUCAGAACCCUCAGUGGGUGUCCGAUAACCUGCUGAACUCUUGCACCCGAAACGUUUCAGGCGUACAAGAUGCAGGACUGCACUCCGGCCCAACUACCCAACUACAAGGACAGUUUUCUCUUCACACUCAGAACGCUGCCAAUCCUGGACUGCCUGGCUGGCAGCAAUCCCAGCCUACCCCUCAACAGGUCUCCAAACCGUUUUCCAGUGGGCAACAGAAUAUGACGGGCUUCAUGGGUGAAGUGACAGACUUGAUUGCAGAACUGCUGCCGCACACAAACACACAAGGAUUUGGGUCUGGUUUCCUGCCCCAAACAACUGCAAAUGGCAUCUAUCCUCAGCAAGGAGAGAUCAUCAACAACAGCCUUCAUCAGAGCACCAACAGCUGCAUGUUCACAAACACUCCUCAACCCUCGGUGAAUGGGAUGCAUUAUGGUUCUGCAGCUCCGGGAUCUUCAGUGCCAUCCUGCCAGAGGGUUAAAGGACUGAUUAACCAGAGUCCUACACAAGCUUCCUGCUACUACCAAAGAGGUCCAAGCGAGUCAAUCGUGGGCUCGUCGGCUAUCCCACAAGAGGACACCAACAUCAGCCCCAUGGCCUGUCAAGUCCCACUUGGGUUAACGCCAGAAAACCUACUUGCUCAGCAGUAUCUCUCAUGCAACAGCCAGACACAGGUCGCAAACCAUCCUCUUGAGGAGAAAGGAACAUUCCAUUUUCCCACAAUGGCCAAUGGAAAUCCCUUCUUUGCCAAGAACAACCAAAACAACUGCUGUGACUAUUAGCGGUAGAUCCCACCCAACGCAGCAACUGACACAUCAACAGUGCAGUACCUGUUUCCAGAGGGAAAAAACGCAUAAAUCCAGCAACUUGUUUGUCCCUCGAGAGACAUGCAUCCACUUAUAAAGACACUCUCGGCUGAAAACCUACAAGACAUUGCAGCUUUUUAAAUUGCGAAUUUACCGCACUUUUUGUUUCUCUCCACACUUAUCUACUUAUUCACUUGCUCACAUCCUUUCUGAUGAGAAAUAUGCAGUAGCAGAAAGAACAUAUUUAUUUUUUAAAAAGCACGUCCUUUCGUCCCUGAUAGAUGUUGUUUUGCUUUUCCAUUCUGGCAAGAAAAAAGACUGAGAUAGCGAGUGGAGAAAGGGGAGGAAGGUGAGGUGUGUGACCAAGUGUGUGUGUGUGUGUGUGAGGUAGCCUAGAGUUCAUUUAUGAAGUAUGGAGAAGCAGCGGUGGAACCUUUUAAUUUGCAUGGGACGAGAUUCUGAGGAAAUAAAUUCCUAGUGCACACAAGAUGCUAUUUAUUGGGGUAAGUUUUGUUUCAAAAAGGGAAAGUGUGUCUCCUUAGAGAGAGCAACAGCCUCAGCCAGCACCUUUUAUUGAAGAAGGUGAAAUUGACCAUCUGUAGACCUGUUAUCAAUGCACUCCAUGUUUAAGACAUCAGUUUCUCGAAAGAAAUGAAUACUCUACUGAUGGCCUCUGUGGCACUAUUGGACUGUCACAUUGAUUUGUUGACUGCAAAAUUGUCCCAGAACUUCCCUGAAGCUCCACCUACCGCAAUUUGUGAAGUUGCCCAAGGCAAUUUUGGAUUUUUUAAAAAAAAUGGAAGAAAAUUGAUAGUCCCAAGAAAUAGGCCACUUGUUCUUUUACACAACACUUUUUCCAUUCAAGGACUAAAAACGAAACCGUAAUGUCUUUAGUACGGUAUGCUCUUGCCACCCUUUUAUGGUUGUGUUAACCAUAUGUUUCAUGUGUAUUACAAUAACUGAUAGUUAUCGCUUCUCAUUUAUUUGUAUUUUUUGUUUGUUCGCUUGUUUUAAAAAUUGCCUUUUGUACUUUUUUAUGCAUUUACUCGUAAUUAUGGAAAUGCCAUUGAGCCAUUUUUGUCUCCUUUUCAUUUGCUCAUUGCCCUCUUGCUCUCUAUUCGCUUCGAUGCUUUAACGUGGAAGAAUUCUAGGGAUUCUGAAAUCGUGUUGCGUGCCAUGAGAAUCACAGCAGUCAGCGUAUCCUGCCUCCAGAAGAAAAGGCGGAAUUGGAUUUCAGAGAGCGUAUUUUCAGAAGACGGAACAGACUAGUUAAAGUGAUUUUUUUUAGUUGAAGAGAAGAUUCGAUUUUUUUAUGGUCACAAUUGAAUUCUUUACUGAUCUAUCGCAUCUUUCUUGGUCAGUUAGGGGAUACUAAAAAGUUUAGAUAAAGAUAAAGUUUAGAAUAAAAACACAAUUCAGAGAAUGUGUUCAACAAUUUCUGUGAAUCGUUCGGAGAGUUCGUUUUGUGUAAAUCGUACACCUUAAAUUGAAUGCGAUUUACACUUUGUGCCUUAUUUUUGGAAGAAGUCGUUUGAUUCGAUUGUAUCAGCAUUGUGAAUGUGUAAAUAUACCAAAACAUACUUGUAUGAGAUUCCGCAGCUAUGGAAAUAUGACUCAUAAAUAAAUCGUUACCUACUUACUGAAAACCGUUUCGUAGAAACGUAUGUUUUCGACGACUUGAGAUUUCUCCCUGCAGUAAGAACAGAAAGUGUGAUGUGAUCAUGACAGCGAAGAUAUAGAGCCCUCAAAACUCAUGCACCCAAAGCCUUUUCCUUUCAUCUUCUGAAAUGGGAACGCCGUGUGCCUUCAUUUAUUUCUGCCCAAAGGAUAUUCCGCCUGUUUCCCUCCCGUAUUUACAUUUUUGAUGAAAUGAUCGUGGCUUGCAGAGGAGGAAAGGAAUGGAAACGGCAGCUAUAAUUGAAUCUGAGAAGCAGUGUUUUUAGGCUGUUGUUGUUGUUAGCAUGGACGGAAUCGACUUGUACGUAGCCUCCGAGUUCAAGAGUUACAUGACACAAAUUCUGCCCGUCUGUCUUCUGAAGUGCCUUAAAACAGCUUGAGAUUUGCUACUUUUUUUCUCUUUUGGUUUGGUUUGUACUGAAGGCUAAAGGUGUUGCUGGCUUUGAGGCGAUGUAAAUAAGACUGUUGUGUGUUUUAUUGCCAGAUGUCUGCUGGUUAAGAGAGGAGGUUAGGAAAUCACUCGAUGAUUGGUUAAUGGAUGCUGAUUGGUUCAUUUAUCUGCUGACAGACUGAUUACGCACAAAUAAUAGCAAUGUGUUUUGGUUUGCCCUGAUGUUCGUUUUCAUGCUUUAAAAUAUCUAGUACGCCAUGUCUCAACCAGGCAGGUAAAGCUCUUUUUGCGCUGGGUAGCUCCGUCCACAGUGCUGUAUAUUAAAUCAGUUGUUCUCAAAUGGUUUUGCUUCAGGACUCAGAUUUUACAGUGGGGUUUAUUGUACACGUUUUCAAUACAUGUUAAUAGCAUUAUGUGUUGGGAAUGAUGUUUGAAUAAAAUAGCACCUUAGUUUUGCUAAUUUCAUAGCUGGCAUUUUAUGUUUCUUUAAUACUUGCAAUUAAAUUUUCACACUUUGUGUGAAAUAAAAAAAAUUACGCUCAAGUAAAAAACUUUUUUUUUUUUUUUUUGCUUUGCUUGAUUAAAUACCCUUAAUUUAAUAAGAUGUUAUAAUAAUGUUUUAUAUGAAAUAGAAAUAAAAAAAAUAUUUUUUUUUUGCUACAGCAAAUGAGUGGCUGUUUAAAACGCAUUGUGGCGUCUGAGUCUUAAUUUUCCAGUCAAAACUUCGACCCACCAGUUGAGAACCACUGUAUUAAAUAGAGAUUUUGGAACUGAAAUUUUGUGUUUCAGUGAUCAUUGACAGAUGCCAGGUCGCUUGAAUCCUGCAUAUCUACUUAGGAAACUGUAUUAGACAGUUUCGUGUCCAAGACUUCUUUAAGGUGCUUGAAUAUUACUUCUUUUUGUCCAUUUGGUGGUCCAGAAACGAUCCUUUCUUUUCCUGUUCAUAGAACAGGUCAGAAGUGGAUGAAGCACCAGUGCAGGAUGAAUCGACUUCACUAACAGCAUUGAAAUCCCCCAGUGCCAAAAAAUCGUUCAUGCACCUUCUUAGGACGUCCUCCCCUUCACCACUAAACUACGAAUCCUUUAGGAAGAAAUCAUAGCACUUCAGAUGCCCUUCUCUUGCAUAAAGUCAUGUUUGCAAUGCCUCUCUAAAUGCAGUAUAUUUGUUGUAUGUUUGUUUCUUUGCUUGUGCACCCAGCAUUGUAAAUGCUUAUACGUGUUCUCUGUAUGUUAUUUUGUACAUUGUUCCGCACAACUGUAAAAUCUGUAUGCGUAAAUGGAUGUCCCACAAAUACAGGCUAUACACACACGCAUCUAUAUUAUAUAUAUAAAUAUCUAUAUAUAAAAUAUAGCUUUCGAUUGUUUUGUAUUUGUAUUAUCGAAUGAUUCAUUUUUGUUGUGCCUCUCAUUGAUAUCUUUAUAAUAUUAAAAGAGGGUCGAUGACUCAAUGGCUUUA